AUGGAACUCAGAGACAUGAUAAUUUUGGAGCAAUUUCUUCAAGGAGUGUCAACUGAUCUAUCAGUUUGGCUUAAAGAAAGAAAACCUAAUUCAGCUAAAGAAGUCGCACAAAUGGCUGAUGACUAUGUUCUCGCCUGUGGAACUAAGCCUCCAUAUGAGAGGUUAAGCAGACCCCAACGACUACGAGGUGAACCUGCCAUUAAAGUGACACAGCAAAAACAGGAAUCAUCAAGGCCUCUUUUCAGAGCUCCUCUUUCAGAAGUACACAAUAUGUUGCCUCGAAGCAAAACAAAUACUCAAAGUGAGAAACAAUGUUACAAUUGCAAGAGAUGGGGACAUAUUGCAACAGUUUGCCCUAAAAGAACAACCACGCCAAAUUUUAAAGAAGAUGCCAAGCCUGCUUUCGUCAGUGAAUCACGUCAACAGCGAGUAUGCGACCCAAGUAACAGCAAGUGCAUGCGCGAAGGCAGUAUCGGGGGGAAAGAUGUAAAGAUGCUUUUUGAUACUGGUAGCUAUGCAACUAUUGUGAAAGCUGAUCUUGUGGAGAACGAAAAGUGGAAUGGAGGAGAGACUAUAAACGUUGUUUGUGUUCAUGGGGAUUCAGUGGAUUAUCCAACAGCAGAAGUGGAUUUGGAGAUGGGUGGUUGGAUAAACAAGACUAAGGUAGCUCUUGUACCAGGAGUACCAGUUGAUGUUUUAAUAGGGAUAAAGGACUUUGACUUGUCAGAAGAAAUCUCAAGCCAAUCAAACUGUGCACACAAUCUUGCUGUAGUGACAAGAUCACAGACAAGAAAAGAGGCUGAAAAGCAGAGAAAAGUGGAAGAUGCUGAGAAAAUAAGACUUCUGACAAAAAGGAAGCUAGGAAUGAUUUUACAGAACAAACCAGGGAACCGCGUAACAUACAAGAUGAGAUUAGGAAACCCGAGGAAGAAGAACCCAAAACCAAAACAACCGCAUCAGAUAGUAUUAAUCCUGAGGAUGCAGGUCCUGAGAUAA